GAGAAAAAUGGCUUUAACACUUCAUUCUUCCACCUCUUUUAUCAAAUCUAAAGAUAACAGGAGUUCUAGAACUUCUGAUGAUUUCACUGGUGCAAUUAGUUUUUCUCAGAUGAAACAACCAUCAAGCCAGCAGCGAGCAAAGAAUUCAACGCAUGAAGCCCAACUUUCUCCGGCAGAAGGAAUCUCUUCAUAUUCAGAAGGAAUGAAUGAGCUGGGGGAGAAACUUCAUGGAAUGACAGUUCCUCACAGUCAUAGCCAUGACAAUUUGAGGGUGCCUGUUUUCGUCAUGCUACCGCUUGACACAGUAUCUCUAGGGGGGACUCUUAACAAACCUAGAGCAAUGUUAGCUAGUUUGAUGGCCUUGAAAAGCGCAGGAGUUGAAGGAGUUAUGGUUGAUGUGUGGUGGGGUCUGGUAGAAAAGGAUGGACCUCUGAAAUACAAUUGGGAAGGCUAUACUGAACUCAUAAAGAUGGUCAAGAAGAUUGGCUUGAAGCUUCAAGUCGUCAUGUCUUUUCAUCAGUGUGGAGGAAAUGUUGGAGAUUCUUGCACUAUUCCUCUACCACCAUGGGUACUUGAAGAGAUUAGCAAAAAUCCUGACCUUGUCUACACGGAUAAAUCAGGUCGCCGCAACCCAGAGUAUAUAUCCUUGGGUUGUGAUUCACUAGCUGUCCUUAGAGGAAGAACACCAAUCCAAGUCUAUUCUGACUUCAUGAGGAGUUUCAGAAAGAGAUUCAAGGACUACAUUGGAGAUGUUGUUGUGGAGGUCCAAGUGGGGAUGGGACCCUGCGGAGAGCUAAGAUAUCCAUCCUAUCCAGAAAGCAAUGGCACCUGGAGAUUUCCAGGAAUAGGAGAAUUCCAGUGCUAUGACAAGUAUAUGAGAGCUUCGCUGGCAGCGGCAGCAGAAGCAAUCGCGAAAGAUGACUGGGGACAGCAAGGGCCUCAUGAUGCUGGACAAUACAACCAGUUUCCUGAGGAUACUGGUUUUUUUCGGAGGGAUGGUACGUGGAAUAGUGAGUAUGGACAGUUUUUCAUGGAGUGGUAUUCCGGUAAGCUACUUGACCAUGGAGAAAAGAUGCUCAACGCAGCAAAUAUAAUAUUUCAAGGGACUGGAGCCAAACUAUCUGGAAAAGUGGCGGGAAUUCAUUGGCAUUACAAAACAAGAUCUCAUGCAGCAGAGCUAACAGCAGGAUACUACAAUACAAGGCAUAGAGAUGGCUACCUACCUAUAGCAAGAAUGAUGGCAAAACAUGGUGUUGUCUUGAACUUCACUUGUAUGGAGAUGAGGGAUGGAGAACAGCCGAACGAAGCUAACUGCUCGCCAGAAGGUCUAGUCAGGCAAGUCAAGAUGGCAACUAAACUUGCAGGAACAGAACUUGCAGGAGAGAAUGCACUGGAGAGGUAUGAUGGAGGAGCAUUUUCGCAAGUGUUGGCGACAAGUAGAUCAGAUUCAGGAAACGCAUUGAGUGCAUUUACUUAUUUAAGGAUGAAUAAGAGAUUAUUUGAAGCUGAGAACUGGAGGAAUUUGGUUGAAUUUGUCAAAAGCAUGUCUGAAGGUGGUAGAAGCACGAGACUUCCGGACAGUGAUAGGGUCGGGACUGACCUGUAUGUGGGAUUUAUCAAGCAAAACAAUGUGAGGAAGGAAAGUGAAGCAGCCCUUGUAUAAUUGCACAUGUGUAUAUGUAUAGGUGCAUGAGUACGGCAAAUAGAAGCCAUACAGAAACAAAUAUUACAAGAAUAUACAGAUCUAUGUAGAUCAAGCAUAAGUCACACUGAAAAUGGUUACAUGCCUAUCUCGGUUAAAAUUUGGGAAAGAGUUAUUAGUGCUCAAAGCAAUACAUAACUCUCGUACAAAGGUUAGAGCUAAAGGUAACUACCAGAAGUGUUCAGUGAGAACUGGAGAUGUUCAACGGCAAAUAAUUUAUAUCUUAUUCCAGGAAUGCAUGGCUAUUUCCUGCGUAAAACUGUUCCAAUUGUUCUUUCUUGAUGCUCGUAGAAUUUUGUUAAAUGUGUACUAUUUUGGUAUUAUCCGCAUAACAGAGAUCAUAGUAUUCAGUAUUA